AGUUGGAUGGAUUCAGUAAUUCAUGUCUCCAAACUCACACUUUAAAUAGUCUGCCUUCUUUCACCAUUAAGCUUAGGCCUAAAGGCUUUGAUUUCUGUCGUUACAAUGAAUAGCUUUUCUUCUUUAGACACUGUUUAUGGGAGCGCCAACAGUGGAAAUGGAGAUUGUGAUGACAAGGCGCUUCGUUGGGCUUCAUUGCAGAGGAUUCCGACCUAUUCUAGAGCUCGGAGGUCGUUGUUUCGGAAUAUUUCUGGGGAAGUAUCGGAGGUUGAACUGUGUAAGCUCGACGUUUAUGAGCGCAGGCUCGUGGUGGAUCGGUUGGUUAGGGCUGUCACCGAAGACCCAGAGCUGUUUUUUGAUAAAAUUAGAAGGAGAUUUAAAGAUGUUGGUCUGGAAUUUCCAAAAGUCGAAGUUCGAUUUGAGCACCUGAAGGUCAAUUCUUUUGUUCAUGUCGGAAGCAGAGCACUGCCUACAAUCCCCAAUUUCAUUUUCAACACGACUGAGGCUUUCUUGAGGCAGUUGAGGAUUUUCCCUGGAGAAAGGAAGAAGCUAUCAAUUUUAGACGACAUUAGUGGCGUUAUUAGACCUUCAAGAUUGACAUUGCUUUUGGGUCCUCCGAGCUCUGGAAAGACAACAUUGCUUUUGGCACUUGCUGGGAGACUUGGAACUGGCCUGCAGAUGUCAGGGAGAAUCACAUACAACGGACACGAGCUUAGGGAGUUUGUUCCGCAAAGAACUUCAGCUUAUGUAAGUCAGCAGGACUGGCACGUUGCAGAAAUGACAGUCAAGGAGACUCUUCAGUUCUCGAGACGAUGUCAAGGUGUUGGAUUCAAAUAUGAUAUGCUUUUGGAACUUCUAAGAAGAGAGGAGAAUGCUGGGAUAAAACCUGAUGAAGAUCUAGAUAUAUUUAUUAAGGCAUUAGCACUGGGGGAACAGAAAACAAGCCUUGUUACUGAGUAUAUUAUGAAGAUUUUAGGAUUGGACCCUUGUGCGGACACAUUGGUGGGCGAUGAAAUGCUCAAAGGGAUCUCUGGGGGUGAAAAGAAGCGGCUUUCUACAGGUGAAAUGUUAGUGGGUGCAUCUACAGUAUUGUUCAUGGAUGAGAUAUCAACCGGGCUUGAUAGUUCAACUACGCAUCAAAUUAUCAAGUACCUUAGGCAUUCAACUCAAGCACUUAAUGGGACAACAGUCAUAUCUCUCUUGCAACCAGAUCCUGAGACUUAUGAGCUGUUUGAUGAUAUCAUUCUUUUGGCGGAAGGUCAGAUUGUGUACCAGGGACCAAGUAAGGCUGCUCUUGAGUUCUUUGAACUUAUGGGGUUUCAGUGUCCAGAUAGGAAAAAUGUGGCUGAUUUUUUGCAAGAAGUCAUAUCAGAAAAAGAUCAAGAACAGUAUUGGUCCUUUCCUGAUCGCGAUUACCAAUAUGUACCUGUGGCAAAGCUUGCAGAAGCUUUUCGAUCAUUUCAUGCCAGAAAAUCUUUGUUCCAGUUGCUGGCUGUACCUAUUGAUGGAUGCUGUAGUCACCCUGCAGCGCUCUCAACAUUUACCUAUGGUGUGAAGAGGGCUGAGCUUCUCAAGAUGAGUUUCUCCUGGCAAAUGCUGCUGAUGAAACGUAAUUCAUUCAUCUAUAUUUUCAAAUUCACACAGCUUCUUUUGGUUGUUGUGAUCAUGGUGACUGUAUUUUUUCGAACAACCAUGCAUCAUAAUACACUUGAUGAUGGAGGUGUUUAUCUUGGUGCCCUCUACUUUGCAAUAGUUAUGAUUCUCUUCAAUGGCUUUACGGAGGUCCCAAUGUUAGUAGCCAAGCUUCCAGUUCUCUACAAGCAUAGAGACUUGCGCUUCUAUCCAUGCUGGGUCUAUACAAUUCCUUCUUGGUUUUUGAGUAUUCCAUCUUCAAUUCUAGAGUCCUGCAUAUGGGUGGCAGUUACUUAUUAUGUGGUUGGAUUUGAUCCUCAAAUAACCAGAUGCCUUAAGCAGGCUUUGUUAUAUUUCUCUUUGCACCAGAUGUCUAUUUCUCUUUUCCGCAUCAUGGCAUCCUUGGGACGAAAUAUGAUAGUUGCUAACACCUUUGGAUCUUUUGCAAUGUUGGUGGUCAUGGCUCUGGGAGGAUUUAUCCUUUCAAGAGAUAGCAUUCCCAAUUGGUGGAUUUGGGGUUAUUGGUUUUCCCCUUUGAUGUAUGCUCAAAAUGCGGCUUCUGUGAAUGAAUUCCUUGGCCAUUCUUGGGACAAGAGAGCUGGGAACCACACUACAUUUUCUUUAGGGGAGGCAUUAUUGAGAGGCCGCAGUUUAUUUCCAGAGAGCUACUGGUACUGGAUUGGCGUGGGUGCUUUGCUUGGCUACGCAAUUUUGUUCAACAUCCUGUUCACACUCUUCUUGACUUACCUGAAUCCCCUUGGGAGGCGACAAGUUGUUGUUUCUAAAGAAAAGCCUCUCAAUGAAGAGAAGACAAACGGCAAACAUGCUGUCAUUGAGCUAGGAGAAUUUUUGAAGCAUUCACACUCAUUUACUGGCAGAGACAUUAAAGAACGCAGAGGCAUGGUCCUUCCAUUUCAACCGCUCUCCAUGUCCUUCCACGACAUUAAUUAUUAUGUGGAUGUCCCAGCGGAACUGAAACAGCAGGGUGCACUGGAAGACCGAUUACAGUUGCUAGUUAAUGUUACUGGAGCAUUUAGGCCGGGCGUGCUUACUGCAUUAGUUGGAGUCAGUGGUGCUGGUAAAACUACCCUCAUGGAUGUUUUAGCUGGUAGAAAAACAGGGGGGAUUAUUGAAGGGAGCAUACGUAUUUCUGGUUAUCCCAAAAGGCAAGAGACCUUUGCAAGGAUUUCUGGCUAUUGUGAGCAGAGUGAUGUUCAUUCUCCAUUCUUGACUGUCCAUGAAUCACUUCUAUUCUCUGCCUGUCUCCGGCUACCUUCCCAUGUUGACUUGAAAACACAGAAGGCUUUUGUUAGUGAGGUUAUGGAGCUUGUUGAGCUCACUCCUUUAAGUGGAGCUUUAGUUGGUCUACCUGGGGUUGAUGGAUUGUCCACAGAGCAAAGAAAAAGGCUGACCAUUGCUGUUGAGCUUGUUGCCAACCCUUCUAUUGUGUUCAUGGAUGAACCCACUUCAGGACUGGAUGCCAGGUCUGCUGCCAUUGUUAUGAGAACUGUGAGGAAUAUCGUCGACACUGGGCGGACUAUUGUUUGCACAAUCCAUCAGCCAAGCAUAUAUAUCUUUGAGUCUUUUGAUGAGCUUUUAUUUAUGAAGAAAGGAGGGAAGCUCAUUUAUGCUGGUCCUCUAGGCGCCAAGUCUCACAAACUUGUUGAGUUUUUUGAGGCCAUUGAAGGAGUCCCGAAGAUCAUGCCUGGCUACAACCCUGCUACAUGGAUGCUUGAGGUCACUUCUUCUACAGAAGAAGCUCGUCUUGGUCUGGAUUUUGCAGAAGUUUAUAAAAGAUCAAAUCUAUUCCAGCAAAACAAAACACUGGUUGAAAGACUAAGCAUACCAAUCUGGGAUUCAAAGGAUUUAAGCUUCCCAACCAAAUAUUCUCGGUCAUUCUUUUCCCAGCUUCUGGACUGUCUUUGGAAGCAAAAUCUGUCUUAUUGGCGGAAUCCACAAUACACUGCUGUCCGCUUCUUCUACACUGUUAUCAUAUCAUUGAUGUUUGGAACGAUAUGCUGGAAAUUCGGUUCUAAAAGGGAGACACAGCAGGACAUUUUUAAUGCUAUGGGAUCCAUGUAUGCAGCAGUCUUAUUUAUAGGAAUCACAAAUGCCACUGCAGUGCAGCCUGUUGUUUAUGUUGAAAGGUCUGUUUCAUACAGAGAAAGAGCAGCAGGGAUGUAUUCUGCUCUGCCAUUUGCCUUUGCCCAGGUUUUGGUUGAAUUGCCUUAUGUGUUUGUACAGUCACUUAUCUACAGCAGUAUGUUCUACUCCAUGGCCUCAUUUGAAUGGAACCUGACGAAGUUCCUUUGGUACUCAUGCUUUAUGUAUUUCACUUUACUGUACUUCACCUUCUUUGGAAUGAUGACCAUUGCUGUUACACCCAAUCAUAAUGUUGCUGCAAUCAUCGCUGCUCCGUUUUAUAUGAUGUGGAACCUUUUCAGUGGAUUCAUGAUUGUUCGCAGGAGAAUCCCCAUAUGGUGGAGAUGGUAUUAUUGGGCAAAUCCAAUAGCCUGGACUUUGUAUGGGCUUCUGACGUCCCAAUAUGGAGACAUGAAAAACCAAGUGAAGCUCUCAGAUGGGGUGCGGUCCGUGUCAAUAAAACAGUUACUUGAGGAUGAGUUUGGUUACAAACAUGAUUUCUUGGAGGAAGCUGGUUUGGUGGUGGUUUGUUUUUGCAUAGUCUUUGCAGUCACUUUUGCUUUUGCAAUCAAAUCCUUCAACUUCCAAAGGAGAUAAAGAGGAGGAUUAUAAUAGAAAAUGUAAUAAAUGUGAUUCAUCUACACUCUUAAUUUUCGUUUAUAUGGAAAUCAAAUCCAUUUUCUGCAAA